AUGUCGACAUCACCUCUAGGCUCGCCUCCGCGGCAGCCUUCCCCGGCUCCGGCCACUACGGGGGCUCCAGCUUCUACAGCUCCUCCCGUCCAAACAAUUCCUCUAUGCCUUCCGGUCGGAUCCACUUUUCAAUACAAAUUCGACCAUCAUCGUGAGAAGGACAUCUCCAAUAUCGUUCCAAAGCUCAAGGGAGAGUCCAAUUGGACUGCAUGGGAAGCUCGUCUUUAUAUGGCAUUGAGUGACUGUAAUACAGCCUACAUCAAGAUGCUUGAGGAAGAUGAUACCAAGCCUUCUCGUCCUCAUUACGAUAGCAUUGAGACCGACAUCUUACGACAAGUGGCGUUGAUGAGGCUAGGUGGCAACGCUCAGCUCGUCACCGACGCCAUCGUCCAGGAGAUCUACAACGAGCGCUACAACAAAAACUGCUGGCACCGGCUAUCAGGCGUUACUUUACUCUACAAAGUCAAAAUACUGAUAAUAGGUUAA